AUGCUGAACGUGAUGGAUUUCUGCCCGGAUCCUCUUUACUCCAAGUACGAGGAGAGCUGCGAGGUGAAAGCCGGAGACCUGCAGGGCUUGGGGCAGGCUGAGCAGCAACUUCUGGCCGAGGUCGAUUUCCUGGCAGGAGAGCUGCUGGGCACCCCGAGGAGCGGCGGGGGGGUGGAUUCCCCCCCCCUGGGCAGCCAACCCUCCCCUUCCCUCAGCUACACCGGCAGCUUCUUCAUCAAGGCGGUCCCGGAGCAUCCCCAGGACCAGGAAUCUCUCUUCAACCUGAUGUCGGGAAUCCUGGGCAUCUCCCCUUUCUCCUCCUCCGAGGGCCACCCAAGGCACCAGGAUGCUCUUUACCAGUGUCCCGAGGUGGCUCAGAGCCAGCUGGACCUUUAUGCCACCUGCCAGCCUGAAAUGCAGGGAUCCAGCCAAGCCCCUUUCCCGGAGCAGGGAUACAGCAGCUUCCCCCCGGCGGAGGGGGCUCAGCCCCUCCAGGCACAACCCACCUUGGGAAACACCUCGCACUGCUUCUUCCAGCCCAAGCUGGACAGCAAGCAGGACAUCAAGCUGCCUUCUGGCUCCCCACCUCUGGAGAAGUUUAAAGCCCCCUGCGCCCAGUGGGAGCCCAUCACCCAGCAUCAGGCCUACUACCAUUCUCCCGAAGCCUUCCCAGCUGGUGAGAGCAACCAGGGGCUGUUCCACCCUCUGGGCUCCAAGAUGGAGAGUGCCUUGUCCAUCAGCUGCCACUGCCAGUCGGAGCUGGGCAGCCUGGCAGAGGAUGCUUCCUGCUUCGGCACCCACCUGGGCUACGGCUGCGAGCCGGAAAACUUCCCAGCCCGCGGGGACUUCGCCGACACCAAGAUCCACAACCUCCCGCUGAUGCCGGAUUUCGACCCUUCCUUGGCCCAGCCUGAAGUCCUGCCGGGUGUGCUGAGCUCUGCUGAGCUCCUCCACCCUCACCCUUCCCCCUCCGUCCCCCACACGGACUUCCUGAGCCGCGUCCCCCCUUCCUCCAUCCCUCCCCUGCUGCCCGCCAACCCUCCCUCCUCGGCCGAGCCCAAGAAGAAGACCCGGAGGACCAAAUGCUCUUCCAAAUGCUUCUGCCCCAAACCCCACGAGAAGGCUUUCGCCUGCCCGGUGGAGAACUGCAUCCGGAGCUUCGCCCGCUCGGACGAGCUCAACAGGCACCUCCGCAUCCACACGGGCCACAAGCCCUUCCAGUGCCGCAUCUGCCUGAGCACCUCCAGCCGCAGCGACCACCUCACCACCCACAUCCGCACCCACACCGGGGAGAAACCCUUCUCCUGCGACACCUGCGGCCGCCGCUUCGCCCGCAGCGACGAGAAGAAGCGUCACGGCAAGGUCCACCUGAAGCAGAAAGCCCGCACGGAGGAGAAGCUGAAAGGCUUGGGGUUCUUCUCCGUGGGUCUCUCCUUCGGGACAUUGUGA